GGCCUGGGGACCCUCCUCUGCCGCGACCCCCGGCCCUGGGGAGGUGGGGAGGGCGCUGGGGAAGUGCGUCUGACACCAGGGAGGUGGGCACGGCCUGGGCUGCUGCCGGAGGAGUGCACAGGGAAGGAGGAAUCUGAGGUUUGCAUGUUCCUCCAGGGAUCCACCGUAAGACGGGAGCCGCCGGCUCCCACGGGAGGGACGAGAAUCGGGAGCGUCCGUGGUCACUCCAGUCCUGCAGGCCGGCUAAUGGGAUCAGGGAGCCAUGAACUGGGGGUCGUUCGAGAAGCUCCUCAGAGGCAUCAACCAGUACUCCACAGCCUUUGGCCGCAUCUGGCUCUCCCUCGUCUUCAUCUUCCGCCUGCUGGUCUACCUGGUGGCGGCCGAGCGGGUCUGGAGCGAUGACCACAAGGACUUUGAUUGCAACACGCGGCAGCCGGGCUGCACCAACGUCUGCUUCGACCACUUCUUCCCCAUCUCCCACAUCCGCCUCUGGGCCCUGCAGCUCAUCCUGGUGACGUGUCCGUCCUUCCUGGUCCUCAUGCAUGUGGCAUACCGGGAGGCCAAGGAGCAGAGGCUCCGUGAGGCCAGCGGGGACAACUAUCGCCGCAUCUACCCCAACCCCGGCAAGAAGCGGGGCGGACUCUGGUGGACGUACCUGUUCAGCCUCAUCUUCAAGGCCGGCGUGGACAUGGUCUUCCUCUACGUCUUCUACCACUUGUACAAGAACUACACCCUGCCCCGGGUGGUGAAGUGCGAGCUGCCGCCCUGCCCCAACGUGGUGGACUGCUUCAUCUCCCGGCCCACUGAGAAGAACAUCUUCACCCUCUUCAUGGUGGUCACCGCCUGUGUCUGCAUUGUGCUGAGCCUCAUCGAGGUCGCCUACCUGAUCGGGAAGCGGUGCCGCGAGCACCUGGAGGCCGGCGGGGGGGACAGCCGGCGGCACAGCCACGACUGCCCCGUCUCCUGCGCUGACCCCGUGGGCACGGGCGGGCAGGUGUUCCAUGGGGUGGACUACAAACCCCCCACGGCCGCCAUCCCACUCACGGCCUCCUGCCCCAGCACGCUGUCCAAGGAUGAGGCUCGUUCCUAGAGCUGCCCAGGAGAAAGCAGGAGCCGCUCACCUGGCCUACAUCUCCAUCCUGCUCUUCCUCCUCUGUGCCCCAAUGCAGGAGCGCUGAGAGUGGCAGCACCCUGGAGCUGGGCUGUGCCUGAGGGGUCUCUGCUUCUCCUGUCCCGGGAAAGGCACUUUACAUCAUCCUGCUGAAUUUGGGGUAAAGCAGGGGCUGUAGGACACAUGUUGUUCCUGGGAGUGACAGGGACCAGCAGCUCCGGGGCAGCUGUGAACUGACAGUGGUGCCCAGACUCUGAGCCUGUACCAGCCAGGACAGACACCCUGAUCCCCCAGGAAACCCCUCUUCCUAUGUAUCACCCUACCUCAGCCACUCAGUGGGUGAGAGGGCCACCUCAGACUGAUGCAAUCGUCAUUAAUAACAUUCAUUAGUUGAGUGGGGACAAGAGCAGGUCCCUGGUGCCGCAGCCACCGCGGCAAAGUGCAGGCAUGAGGAUCUGGCCGGGCAGGCAGCGCCCGCUGUGGGCUGCUGGAUCAUCCUGCCUGGCCGGGGGAAAACACCUGAGCAAAACAGCCAAACACAGGACAGGAAAAACACCCAACCACUGAUUAAACAAUAACAUUAAAUGGCAAAAUCUGAUCUCA